GUCCUUGCACGCUGCCUCGACGGCCAGCACCCACUCGUGCCUCAGCCCGACCCUCCAACAGCGCUGACCUUGCAUCCAAAGCGUCGACCAGGCCGUCCCUCUGCAGCCAUCCAUCGACUCCCUGACCUACCUGAUCUGGUGUUGGCAUCCUGGUUAGGUGACGACUUAUCUCGGGUGAAGUUUCACCAACUGCAGCUGUCGCGCCCCUUCCGAGUCCUCCCUCAUACCAUCAACGUCGGCCAGGGCGGUUCUAUUGUCCCCCUUCCCCCGUCGCCUUUUCCCGACCAUUAUUGUCGCAGCAGCGAUUCACUACCCGCGCGACAUUUCCUUCCUGCCGGUCGCCUCGCCAUCAAUUGGCUUCCGGUCUUACCAGCUCCUGUUCUUGCGACAUCAACGCUGCCCGACUCGAGUCACCACACGUGUCCCGCCCGCACGCCACCACACUUCCUACCUCGGGCGACCAACCAUCAGCCUGCAGCCCAUGGGAGCUGCAGCACAAGCGGCCUGCAGCCAGCGCAAGGAAAAGCCAUAAUCAUACAAGAGAGCGUCUGCCGCACAAGCAGGUGCGCGCGCGUGCCGUCGCCCAACCCGACGUCAGCAUCUGCCACCAUGGCUCGGGACAAGGAUUUUGACAACGCACCAAUGGGUGUCCAAUCAAAGCGCCCUCCCCUCAACCACCGGGACAGCGAUUCACACAGUGAUACGACCAAUACUUCAGGUGCCACGGCCCAUCACCAUCGCACCAAGGCCCAUCAUCAGAAACAGCAUCACGUCGGCCGCUUGCAUGCACGUGUCCCUUCGUCCAAAGCGGUGCACAAGCACGUAUCUCAUGGCCAUGCGCACGCGCAGACCGGGCCAAAGCUGAACCGUCGGCCCGGUUCCCCAACCGAUCAGGAUAUACCUCAGCGCCCAGCACACCGCCGGGCCACGAGCGAGGUAAAACUGCCGAGCCGCACUUCCUCCAGCAAUCUCCCCAAGAGCGCCUCGCACUCGAGCCUGAAGAGAAACCGCUCGCACGUCGAGGUUGGUAAACGAAACCGUUCCUCCGACAAGCUGAAGCGAACUUCGAGUGGGACGGGCAUCCACGGCAUCAACAAACCGAGCAAGACCCAGGUUCACUUCGACCUCGGAAGCGACGAUCCGGAAGACGAGUGGGUUGACGCGAGCGGGUCCAAUUCGCCUUACCUGUCGCGCAAAGGUUCUCUUAACAGCAGUGCGCAGUCCUCACUGCGGCCAGGUGGCAGCGCCAGCAGCUCGCGGCCCGAUACGCCAAACGUCCCGUCCCAACAUCACGCAUCCUCUUCGCCAGAUCGUGAGAGAUCUCAGCGUAAAGAAUACCUUACAUCACGCCUACUCCAACGGACCCCGUCUCACGGCGCGCCUCCGAAGAUGACAGCGGACAUGGCGCAAGCUAUCCGGCCCAAUCCGUCACCGUCCCCUAACUCCCCUGAUUCGACGGAUGAUCCCAAUGUAUCACCACCAUUGGGAGCCAACGACGACGAGCUGACAUCACGUUUCGUCGACACUCCCGGCUCCGGCGUCACCAGUGAGGGUUCCUUCUAUCAUGCUACACGAAGCGCGCCACACCGGGCGACGGAAUUGCCAGGACGUCCGAGCUCGAUGUCUAAUUUACCGCAAGAUGGACUCGAUACUGUCGUUGUUGAUAAGGACAACAGCGUUUUGGUCCCAAAACCGACCAGGCGAACUGCCGCGCUUCCUGCUGAAACUUCGCGUAUUCAACAGAAGCUGAACCUGCAACGUGCCAGCUCUGUUCUCGAGCCAAGCCAAGGGGUAGCCGGCGUCGGAGGGGCAGUGGGUGCGACACCGUUGAUCGGCGUUGGCGGCCCCAGUUUCGAUGGCGGCAGCAGCCGAGAUCCCAGGGUCGGCAAGAUGCUGGAGCGAACGGGGAUGGAGUAUCUUGUUGUUCGGCGAUACCAAAAUCCAGUUGCGCGCUCUUUGAACAGGCUCGGCAGGCUCGCGGAUGUGGACAAAAAUCGACGAAUUCCACGCACCAGCACUCCGACUAUGAACGGCAAACGAUCUGUCGAGCUCCCGAGCCGGCACACUCGCAAUGUGAGCAUGCCUGAUCCUCGGCAGACAGUGGCAUCCAGACGCUCAGGCUCCAUUCGCACCUCUGGUGCCGGCUCCAGCUUCGAAGGAGACGAGGUGAGCCGCCUGAACGAAAGACUGAGCGGGUCGAGUCUCGUUGGCGUCGAAGAAGAAGACGGCACCACAACGCUGUUGCGCAACCUUUGGGAGAAGUCGGUUGAACUCAGUGCAAGCACUGACUGAGGGGUGUCUCGGAGGAAGGCGUUGGGCCUUGGCGUCCUGGGUGUCAUCUUGGCGUUGUCUUGGUUCGCACCGUUCCAUCCGUACCUCAAAAACAACCAUGGACGAAUGAGUGCUUAACGGACAUGACUGGUUCGGCCUCACCCGAAAUCAUAUUCGGACUUAUUGGCCAUCGAUUACCUAUGCUAGUCCAGGGUUUGCUUACCCGGCUGGUACUCAUACUCUGAUAGCGGGGACCAGGCGUCUCAAAGCCAGACCAUAGUCAGGAAAUCGCACUGAUGGGCUUCGCGGGUGCUACAUGACGUUACGAGCUCCUUUUUUCUCGCCUGCAUAUCAGGGCUCAGCGGAGCUAUACAAGCGGCGGGAAUUCAUACGAUGGAGAAAAUUUUAGAACCAGCGAUAGGGGAUGGUCUUAUGCCAAUAAGUGAUGCUCCUUUGCCC